AUGCACCCCUACGAUCGCGGCAGAAUCGGGCCGACGAUCCGAUCGAAUCCCACUUGGACUUUGUUAGGUCGAUGUCUCUCGAGCAUCAAUUGCGAAAAUUCAAAGCUCGGCCGAACUUUGCUUGCAUCACAUGACCCGCGAAGAGCCUCUGCAGAAGCGGUCGAACUGCGAAUUUCCACCUCGAGGCCUGACAACCCGCGAACACCGGCACCGCGCCAGGCAGCAGCAACCUCAGCCCUGAGGAGCGGCGAGCUGUCGAGUCCAGGGACACGGACUGAGGGCAGAGUGCCGGCUGGGUUCGAACAGCGGGCGGCAGUGCUGACGGCGAAAGAAGCUUGGUCGCCAUCCGAACGUCCUCCUUACCCUCACCCUACGUCAACACCCCACAUCACCUCAAGGUUAGUAUACGCAUCAGCAUACUUCGAACGGAGACACUUCGCACGCGACGACACAGCACACGCAGCACGAGCGUUUUCCAUCGACCCCGACAUCGCACACCCAGCAUCAGAAAAGGCCGUCCACGCCAACCCCGUCGAAGAGCCGGGAAAGAGGGCGACACAACAUAUGAUCCUGUCCGUGCAAAUCGCCCGCAUCGUUGCAUCGACGUGCCUCGUGCCACACUAUCGUCCAACCCCAUCGCCCACGCUCGUGCUUGUUGUCGCUCCGCCCCACCGUCGUCACGCUCCGUUUGUGCCCGCAUCGCAUGCAUUCCCGGAUCAGCAGUACUGA